CCUCCAGCCAUUAAAAUAAAUAUUUUGUUUUUUUUUGUGAAAUUCGAAAUUUAAAAAUUGAAAUUUUCUGAAUUUUGCGGACUCCUAACUGACGAGUUCACUUGGUGGCUUGAUAAUUGAUUGACUCACCUGCGAGUCAUCUAACAUAUAAGACAGCCUAUCAGCCGUCGACAUGUUUCAGACUUGAAGUCCCUCGAGUUCACGGAUCACAGCCGUCCGUUUGUAUGAAUCAGCAGUAGAUCUCUCUCUCAAAAGAACAAAAAGAAGGAAAAAGAAAAAUAUUCAAACUUCAACAGCACCGAUCUCUGUGCUACUAAAUGUACAUUUAGCAAAUCUUGAAUUCCCUUCUCAAAAACUCACUGCCCAAAUUUGAAUUUUAGGGUUUAUUUACUUCCAACUCCUAAAUUCAAAAAGAGAAUUUCUUCUAGGGUUUUUUUUUUUUCGGUUCCUCCAACUCCUUGAUUCAUCUUUGUUUCGCUCCUUCACCAUUCUUUUUUCUAGAAUAACGUUGAGGAAAAUGAAAAGAAACCGGAGACCCGUCGUCAAACGUGUAAAGAGCGAAUGCGUUGGUACUAGCAGUAGCAACCCUGACAACAAUUCAGGGCGCGAUGCCGGUGAAGAUGGAAGAGCUACAAGCGAUUCCUGCAAUGAGAGUGUUGCCGAUCGUAGAGUUCUUCGGUCUCGCUAUCUUGCCCUCAAGACUCUUAUUCUUGAUAAAAGAGAAGAAAUCGUAAGAGAAGAUAAGUUUGACUCAAUCUUUAACGAAGUGGAGAGCUUACACCAGCUAGUACAGAAACCAAGGGAACAGGUUGCAGAUGCAGAGGCCCUCUUGGACAUUACAAACACGUUGGUAACUUCUGUCAAGGCACAAAACAAUGAAGGGAUAACUGUUCCGGAUUUUGUUUCUUGUCUUCUUAGAGACUUUGGGCAAAAUGGUGGACCAAGCAGUAGCGCAGAGAACGGAAGGACCCUAAUAGAUUGGAUAAGUAUUGGAGUUGUUGUCUCACAUGCUUUUAGGAGUAGCCCUGGAUGCAGUACCAUGAUUGGGCCUAUGGAUAUUGAAGUAAAGCAACGAAAGUCUGUGCGGAGAAAACACGUGAAACCCACAGAAAGUUCUCGCCCUGCAGAGGUUGAUGAGACUGUCACAGAGAAGAGGUCAGAUACCGACAGAAAUAUGGCAAUCAUGUUUGAUAUUUUAAGGAAGAACAAGAGAGUUAGACUUGAAAAUUUACUCUUGAAUAGAAAUUCUUUUGCACAAACGGUAGAAAAUUUAUUUGCCCUAUCAUUUUUGGUCAAGGAUGGGCGUGCCGAAAUAAAGGUGGAUGACAAGGGCGGUCAUUUAGUUUUGCCGAGGAAUGCUCCUGGCGCCAGUGUUGUUGCAUCUGGAGAAGUUGCUUAUAGCCAUUUCAUCUUCAGAUUUGAUUUCAAGGACUGGAAGUUGAUGACAUCUUAUGUUAAAACUGGUGAGGAGCUCAUGCCACAUCGGAAUCAGGUAGGCAUAUCAAGCCAAUGUCAAGCAGAUCAUCGGAAUCAGGUAGGCAUAUCGAGUCAAUGUCAAGCAGAUUCAGUAUGUCAGGUAUCUGAUGAAACAGCUCCCACAACACCAAUCAGAAAGUUAACCAGGAACCGAGGCUUGGUUUUGCAGGAAAAAUUGGUGGUAGAGAACUCACCUGAGAAUGACAAUACUGAAAGAACUGCUGCUAUUCGAAAAGGGAAGCGUAAGAUUGUCUGAGAUUUUCUGACUUUUACAGAAUUUGGAUUGGUUCAAAAGUUAGUCAAUUUCCUGUUAGAGUUGUGUAUGCUAUAGGAUUUGUAUAGGCAUCCGUAGGGAAUCUUUUCUAGUAUACAUCCACAUAUUUUUACUUGAGAUACUAGACACUGUGUGUUCCCAUUUCUAAUAUCUAAUUGGAGAAGGGAGGAUAGAUGUCAAAGGGGGAAGCCAAGAAGGAAAUGAGACCUGACGUACCUUUCGAACAGGUGGUGACGAUAGGAACAUGGCAUUGCUCCUUUCUUGUUGGUUUCCUGCCGAGAUGUAUAGUAUAUUCGGUUGUGUGAAAUAGCAAUCCUUGAACUGAUGUCUGCCUUCCGUUGUUACCCAAGUUUUCCAGAAAAAUUAAUCUACUUGUUGAUAUCCGAUUGUAGUUUGAUAAUUUUUUUUUUUAAGGAUUAUGUAAAUUUUCUUGUCAUAUGUCAAAAUGCUGCAUUUUGAGCU